AUGUGUUCCAUUCCUGAUGCCUUUCCGUCUCAUCUCAAUUCAAUGAACAAUGACUGUGCUUCUCGAUCUACCAUUGUGUACGGUACGACAUGUUCCUUUGUCUGUGAUACUGGAUACACUAUUUCAGAUUCUACGUCGAUAUCUUGUACAGAAAGUGGAGCUCUAUCCGCCGAUCUCCCUAACUGUGCAGUUGUGACGUGUUCCAUUCCUGACGCCUUCCCGCCACAUGUGAUCCCGAUGAACAAUGAAUGUUCGUCUGGAUCUAUCGUGGAAUAUAAUACAAUAUGUUCCUUUGCCUGUGAUACUGGAUACAGAAGUUCAGAUUCUAUGUCGAUGUCUUGUACGGAAAGUGGAGCUCUAUCCGCCGAUCUGCCAAAUUGUGAAGUUGUGACGUGUUCCAUUCCGGAUGCCUUGCCGUCACAUCUCAGUUCACUGAACAAUGGCUGUACAUCCAGUUCUACAAUAGAAUAUGGUACAACAUGUUCCUUUGCCUGUGAUACUGGAUACAGUACUUCCGAUUCUACGUCGAUAUCUUGUACAGAAAGUGGAGCUCUAUCCGAUGAUCUCCCUAACUGUGAAGUUGUAACGUGUUCCAUUCCUGAUGCCUUGCCGUCACAUCUCAGUUCACUGAACAAUGACUGUACAUCUGGAUCUACAAUAGAAUAUGAUUCGACAUGUUCGUUUGCCUGUGAUAUUGGAUACAACACUUCAGAUUCUACGUCGAUAUCUUGUACAGAAAAUGGAGCGUUGUCGACGGACCUUCCAAAUUGCACAGUUGUUACAUGUUCCCUACCUACCGACUUCCCGUCACAUCUUCGUUCAGUUGAAGACCACUGUGCUGCGGGAUCCGCCACAGACUACAGCACCACUUGUUCUUUCGCCUGUGAUACUGGGUAUAAUCUAUUUGGAUCCACCUCGUUGUCUUGCACAGAAAAUGGAGCUUUAUCCACCGAUUUGCCAAAUUGUACAAGUGUGAUGUGCGAGGUUCCAACGACUGCCGUUUCGGUAAAUACAACCUGUAGAGAGGGGUCAAGAGUCACAUACAGCACUUCCUGUGAAUUCUCAUGUACUUCUGGGGUACCGGAAAGUGGGAAUACAGCACGCUUUUGCCGCGCUGAUGGAACUUUUUCUGGCAGGGACCUUACUUGUGGAGAAGUGAUGUGCAGCAUUCCAGUCUAUUCGAGUAUGCUCUCAUCAUCACAGUGUCCUUCGGGAGGUCGCGUGGCUGUGGAUACACUGUGCCAGUUUGAGUGUGAAAGCGGCGAGGUGACCCAACCGGCAAUUAUCAGCUGUACCAGUUCAGGGCAACUGGAGGCUGGUGUUCCUCAGUGCCGAGAGACGUGUGGUUCCCAGGUCUGUGGCGAGGGCGAGUAUUGCGGAGCUAAUGUGACGUGCCUCUGUGUCAUGGGUACUCGUACAACACAAGGGAUCUGCUCGGAUCCAUGUGGAGGUAGCUGUGCUACUACUGAAAAAUGUACUAUCGAAACCGAAAGCGGAAUAUCCACCUGUAACUGCGCCCCAGGAAAGGCUAGAGAUACCGACACUAAUCAGUGCCUUGAUGCUGUAAUUAUGGAAGGAACGAUUAGAGUAUUAAAUUUCAACGGUUCCGAGGCCGUUUAUUCAGAUGCACUGGGAAACACGAGUAGCUCAGAGUUCCAGGAAAUUGCUGCACCAUUAGUAGAACAGAUAAUGUCUACCUUUUCUAUGGCUAACGUCAUCCCUGAUGACGUCACAAUAACCAGUAUUAGGAAUGGCAGCUUGAUAUUCACAUACGAGCUCCUCGUCGCGACGGAUUCUAACCCGGAAGAACUUGCCAAUGAGCUGAGCGUAUUUAUACGGCAGCACUUGGAAAGUAAUGGAGGGAUAUUCGAUUCUUCAGGGAGUACCACCUUCUUGGCGGAUUCUAAUGCAACCCUGUUACAAGUUGUGGUAAUGGACGAAUGUUCGGAUCCCGAGCUAAAUGAUUGUUCGUCAAACGCAAAUUGCAUGGACCACAACAUGGCAGGUGGAUUUACAUGUGAAUGUUUCUCGGGCUAUCGUGACCUCUUCCCCAAUGUACUUCCGGGCCGUUUCUGUUUUCCAAAUUAUUCUGAAGCUGCUAAUCCCGGUGCUGCUUUACCUAGAAACUAUGUGUACAUUGCUGUCGGGAUAGUCUUUGGGAUUGUAUUCGGGCUCAUGAUGCUGUGUUUACCUAUAGUAUGCAAACGGUCCUACGUUAGAACCAAAUGGAGGCAGUCAUACGAGGAGAAAAGCGUUUACAACUCGACCAUUGCCGAAUCUCACAAUAGAGAAUACCCGUAUCUGAAACGUAACGGAGGCCACUUGUUUGACGAAUCGGAGAAAGUCGAGCAACGAAACCAUCCCUUGUAUCUCAACUACACAAGGACCAGUGGUGAGAAUGGUGCAAGUCCCAGGACAUCCAGAAGCAAAGGUCCGACUUCCAACUCAGAGGGUCAGACAUUUUCGCAUGACGUUGCAACCUCUUCUUCGCCUGAAACGAGCAACAGACUUAACAGUUCAAAAGCAUCAUCCCCCAGAUACGGAGGACAACAUCUGCAUUACCCCUACCACAAACGAAUGGUGAUGACAGACCAGAUGCGGCAAAUGAAAAGAUUAGAUGCCAACGAAGAUGCAGGGCGGUAUUCGCCAAAAACACCGAGAGAACACAUUGAGCGAGGAAACCACCUACCUUUAGAUUCGCUACAAAGAUCUGUAUACGUCACACGAUUUUGACACGACAAGCGGAAGUCUAAGUUCAAAGACUGAGGUCCUGCGGGGUAUUAUUAUCAGUCAUAGCCGUUCCUGUUGAGAGGGCAACAAUUUGG